AUGAAGCGAGUCCUCCUUGGAAUACUCGCCCUCCUCCUGCUUAAAGCCACUAAUGCUGACUCUAAUGCUGACUUACGCCGUUACAAUGCUCUUAAAUUUGGGCAAACAGACCAAGAUUAUAUCAUAUAUAAGCCAGACAUGCGGCCCUCCCAAACAGCGCUUACAGUGUGCGCGUGGAUCAGGAGGUUGAGAAGCACAACUAGACCAGUUUGGUUCUCCUACGCGACAAGCAGCCAAGCAAAAGAGAUCCAGAUAACGGAUGACGGUUAUCAAUUCUUCAUGUUCGGCGACCUCUCUGAUCUGCGCAGUGUCUACACUGUUUCUCAAGGAACAUGGUUCCACAACUGUCUCGCUUGGGAUUCUGCUAGCCAAACUCGAAACCUGUAUAUAAACGGAGUACUGGUGGACAGUAAAGCAACACCUGCUGGAAGAACUCUAGGACAAGAUGGGUAUCUGGUGCUGGGUAACGAGCAAGACGGCCCUGGAACAGGGAUGGAUUCUGGCGAUAUCUUCGGAGGCGAGUUAUAUAAGCUUAAUGUGUUUAGCAAGAAGUUAAGCCAAAGUGAGGUCCAGGAGAUGGCGACGGAAAUGUGCUCGGAAGUAGAGGAGACGUACGAGGAUGAGAGGAGCAUAAAAUGGGAGGACAUCGUACUGAAGACUAGAAACGGGGACAUAACUGAAAUUGGAAGUGGAUGUCUCACCACGAAGCAUCUCAGUGCUAUAAUUGUGCAGAAAGAGGAAAGGUUGAAUAGCACACUUGAAGAACUAGAGCUGAUAAAGCAGGAAAAAGAAACCUACAGGAACAACUUGGAGAGCAAAGCAGGGCAACUCAACACAACAGAGGAAGAACUAGCUCAGACAAAGUCCGAUCUGAACACAACAGAGGAAGAACUAGCUCAGACAAAAUCUGAUCUGAACACAACCGAGGAAGAACUAGCUCAGACAAAGUCCGAUCUGAACACAACCGAGGAAGAACUAGCUCAGACAAAAUCCGAUCUGAACACAACCGAGGAAGAACUAGCUCAGACAAAAUCCGAUCUGAACACAACCGAGGAAGAACUAGCUCAGACAAAAUCCGAUCUGAACACAACCGAGGAAGAACUAGCUCAGAUAAAGUCCGAUCUGAACAACAAAGAACAGCAACUCAACACAACCGAGGAGGAGCUGAACAGCACAACUGCAGCUCUAAAUAAGACCCAAACCGAGCUUGAACGUGUUAAAGAAUUACUGGAAAAAGCCGCUAAUGCUACUCAAGACUGUCCUCUCAACUCGACUGUGACUAGCUAUUGGGAUCUGCUGUAUUCCGAUGAGUUUCUCGGUGGGAUUGUUACCACAGAGAAACUUGAAGUCCUUCGCAAGGGCAUAAGCAAGCUAGAGUACUUUGAGGGAAUCAGGAUAACGGAGGGUGUAAUCAGGUUCUUGAAGCUGUUCCACGACGGUGAAGAUCAGUGUAACAACUAACAAAUGACAGGUCUAAAUGGAGCUAGCAAGAGACGGGAAGCAAGUGACGCGACGAUCGACACGAGGGACAUGAAUGGAGAUAUCAGUUAGACAAACUAGAGGUGCUCACACUGAUUGAAUUUGAGGAAAUAAAAUAGCCGAACAUUGUAUUGUAUUUGAAGCUUGAACUGAUAUAAUUUGUGAAUUGUUUUCAAAAACGAUAAAAUUAGACAAUAAACAUUUUGGUUAAUUAAUGCCGUAUCUUUAUUGUUAGAACCUGAUAACUCUUUUUUUUUUGUUAAGCUGUUUUUAUUACUACAUUUAACGUUAAGUUUUAAAUUUUGGUUACUGUAUU